CUGUUUUUCGUAGAAAUGGCUCCAGCUGUGAAAUGUGAUGACUCAGCGUCGUGCUGCGUCAUCACAGAACCAGCUUCCCCCUCAGGGUCGAGCUGACAGGAAGCCACAGUAGUUCUUUGUGUAUAUAUACAUAUGUAACAUGUAUAUACAUCUAACAUGUGUAUAUACAUAUCUAACAUGUAUAUAUGUCCUGAACGGGCUCAGUUACACUGCUCUCUGAGGAGGAGGUGAUCAGGCAGCUGACCGGAGCCAGGAAAUAGACUGUCCUCCUCUGGGGUCAUGUUCCUUUGAUCUGCAGCUCCUGGUUCAGGAGAAAGAAAGGGUGUCCUCACACUUUGCUCCUGGUUCUCCUGGUUCUCCUGCAACAUGGUGAAGCUCCAUGUGAUGGACGGGCUGCACAGCGCUGUCACCAGGACGGUGACUCAUAGCUCUGCAGGGAUCAAAGCCUCCUCUCAGAUCGGAUCUGUGAUGUGUUUCCUUGGUUUCUGAAGGGAAGCCCUGCUUUGUUUGACCUGAUCUGAGGUCUGUGGUCAGCUCACAGGCAAAUGUGUGGUAUUCAAAUGGCAACAUUUGAAUGUUGAUCUCUCAUUUCAUUCCUGACCUCCGAAUCAGUACAUUCUGUUAUUUAAGAGGAAGCUGGAUCUUUAGUCUUUGGUCUGUUCGAUGCUGAUUUCAAUAAUAACAACUUAAUUCAAAUGGCACCUUUUCAAAAACAGCCGUUACAAUGAGGACAGCAAAUAUUAAAGUCAACAGAAAAGAUAAUGCAACAAUAAAAUCAAAUACUUCCGCAUUUAAACUGGAAACAGGGUUGUAAAGGCACAAUAAAGAAAAGGAUCAAAUCAGUAAUAGCUCAAGACAAUUUCCUAUAGUGUUCAGUAAAAGUAUGUUUUUCACUUCAUGCGUGAUUAUGAGUUAAUUUAAUUUCUUACACCAAUGAUCUUGUGUCUGGUUUAGAAUAAACAAAUGUUUCAUGUUGGAGAAAUAGAACAAAACUUGAACACUUUACAUCUGAAGUCAGCAGCAAACGUCCCAGACAGCUUAAAGACAGGCAGAAGAAACCGGCUCAGCUAGGUCCUGGUGUCCUUCAGUCCCGUCCUGUGUUCAGUGUCUCCUCCUCGUCACACCACAUAGAGCCGAAGCGCCAUGGACAAGAGCAACACAGUGAAGCUCUUCGUGGGCAACCUGGCAUUGGACACCACCCAGGAGGAGCUGUCGGCCAUCUUCGAGCCCUACGGCCAGGUGGUCAGCUGCAGCGUGCUGCGGCAGUUUGCCUUCGUGCACCUGCAGGGCGAGGGCGCCGCCGAGCGCGCCAUCCGGGAACUCAAUGGGCGGGAAUUUCGUGGUCGUAACUUGGUGGUGGAGGAGUCGAGGGGACGGCCGCUGCACUCCACCAAGGUGUUCGUGGGUAACCUGAGCGGGAUGUGCACCACUGAAGAUCUACAGCAGCUGUUCCAGACGUUUGGAAAAGUUCUGGAGUGUGACAAAGUCAAAGCCAGGCAUUCCUCUUCCACAGGCUACGCCUUCGUUCACAUGGAGAACAAGGAGGACGCUCUCCAGGCCAUCGAGGCCCUGCAUGGCACCUCCUUCAAGGGACGCCCCCUGUCUGUGGAGCUGUCUAAGGUCCAGCCCAGCAAGCAGGCGCCUACAGGGAAGAUCCCCUGUGUUAACUGUGGAAAGCAGGGCCACUAUGCUGGAGAGUGCCCCGUGGGGAAGCCCUCUCUGGAGCAGUACCAGAGCCAAGCAGCCGUCCUGGCUGCCGCCGCCGCUGCAGCCGCCGGCCUGCCUCUACAGGUCCAACAGAGUGUGCACAACUCAGUCUACAACACCUCCACCUUUGACCCCACAUAUGCAGCGCUCACUGGGAUAACCACGGGAACACGCACUGACGGAAAUCCAGUGAACCCAGCGGUUUACGGUGCCCUCGCCAGCCAGGUGUACGGUGCCAAUGUUGCCAAUCAGCUUUAUGGUUCGGUGGCCAAUCAGGCAGCUCUCACAUCAAGCGCCGCCCAAAUGUACAGCUCGAUGAACCCCAACAUCUACGGCCAGGUGGCUGCGAGUCCAGCGGCUGCUGCGGCGGCUGCUGCUGCAGCUGCAUACUCAACUCAAGUUUACACCCCCACCAUGGGCAACCCCCCCGUCUACCUGACAGCUGGUCCUGGGAUAGAGAUGCCGACAGCAGCCGCUGCAGUAAACUCUGCAUACACUGUAUCUCCGGCAAUUUAUGGUGCUGCCGCACCGGCCUACGCUCACAUAAGCGCCAUGGGAGCGGACCAUACUCAAGCCAUCUUCGAGGCAGCCAGGCAGGCACAUUACUUUGCCCAAGGCCAGCACGUCUUUGCCGAGCAUCAGGCGGCGGCGGUGGCUGCAGCAAAAUCUGGUGAGAGGGACCGUAGUCCCCUCCGGAGGUCGACGCCCCUGCUGCCGGACCCUGUGAUGAAGCCGUUCAUGUACCAGCGAGUCAAGCCACGCCGACCCCUCCUCCCCACCCCUGCUGGUCGAGCAGCAGAAGAGGCCGCCGAGGCUGCGGAGGACCCCAUGGCCAGGUACUAUGCGGAGUACUACCAGCAGCUGCAGCAGUACCCUCAGUUCCAGUACGCCUACCAACCACAGAGCACAAUGACGGCCAUCCCUGGCAUGUCGGCCAUGUCCGCGGUCCAAGCUGUAUCUGCGAUGUCCGGCCAGCAGGUCACUACGCUGGACGCCCUCAGGCCAGUGGGCCCCUCCGCUGCGGCAGUGGCAGCCGCCAUGGCUGCGCCCAGGGUGUAUGAGCCGCCGUUGCCGCCGCCCACGCGCAAGGAGGCCAUCCUCCGCCGCCCCGAACUCUCCCUUCACACGCCUGAGCCCCCCUUCCGAUAGUCACACACAACUCUCUGCCCCCUCCCAUCCCUCCCUCUCUGCCCUGAACCCCCCACCCCCCCACAUUUCUUCUCGACCACCUUACAGCAGCUGUAUAUGUGUGUAUGUGAGCGUGUGUGUGCGUCGGGAUGUGGGGGAGGCUUUAAAGCUGGGGGCUCCUGGGUUUAUUAACCUGCUUCAUGAGGGACUUGAUCAUCCGACCUUGGUUUUGUUUGCAUACACACAGUGCAGCCACGAAAGGGAGGCUCUCCUCUGUUGGGCAUUCUUUGUGUGUCUGUUUUACUUUAUCGUGCCAGUCUCACACUUGUGCCAGUAUUAGACCGACCCAGUCGGCCCUUCCUUAUGCCUUUAUUUCCGCAAACCCAGUUAUGAUUUUCUCAGGCCAAAUAAUCUAUUACAAAAAAAGACUUCGGUUUUGAACCCGCCAUCGUCCUUUCGGCCUAGAUGAUCAGUUCGGGCAGCUAAUUUUGAAACCUUUUUUGCCUUAUGUUGAAGAGUGUAGAUGUGUAAUGUAAUCAGAUGGGGAGUCAGAUAUAUUGUGUUCUGGCUGCACUGAAACGUGUCCUCCAGAAUCAAGGUCGUUGUGUGUGGGCGGGCGUUUGUCUUGAGUGUGAUGUGGUGUGAAUGAGAGACAGACAGAGAGACAUGUGCAGCACACAGCAGCUCAGACUGCGUCCUCCAGUAAAAACCCGUAAAGCACACAUCGUACUGUAAUGUCUGGAUCUCUCCCUGAAUCCCCUCCUCACCUUCUUUGCUCUUUAACCUCAACGCUGAACGACACUGCUUCGCCUCUUUCUAACGACAGCCGCCUACCUCUGAGAGUCAAUUUCAGCGUAGUAGAGUCUAUUCUAUUUUACUGUAUUCUAUUCCUCACGUCUCACCCAGUCAGCAGUUUGUCCCCCUCCUCAUGAGGAGGUUCGGGGUCAGCAGUUCAUGGAGGAGCCGGUGUCUUGUGUAGAUAGUCCUCCCUCGUAUUCAGAGGCCUUUCUUUUUGAAAUCGUGUAUUUAGUUUGAUUUAGUGUUGUUUACAUGUAGUACAGGUCAGACUGGGGGGGGUCAAUGGAUUGUAAAUGGGGAUGAAACCCAUGUGUGACUACUGAAUGAGCUGUUUACAAAGGAUCAUAAGGAAUCAUGUGUGACAAGUUUAAUCAUGUGCCUAUAAGCUUUGAAGUGAAGUGCAUUACGUGGAGGAAUCUCCCUUUUUAAGUGCUUUGACGUUUACUUUUUAAUCAUUUCAAGGGGGGGGGGGGAACCUUGGGAGUUCAGGAGGCUGGAAGCUUUCUUACUUUUAGAUUCGUGUCGUAGGGUUUUCAAAAAGCCACAAUUUUGAGCCUCACAGGUUCUGGUUUUUAAGCAGAAACAAAAGCACCAAUGAAGCGAGAGGUGGGGCAGUGUCUAACAGUCUCCCCCCCCUCUUCCCCCUCUUCCCCUCCAACUAUCCUCCUCUUUCCAAAUUCACGACCUGCUUCGGAUUGUAGCUGCUGAAAAGCUGUAAUGCGGUUGUUGCAUCCGAUAGGUGGACUUUGCGACAUCCGGAUAAGAAAAGUUUGGCACGUUUCCGCAUCCAUGAGCUGCAAAUUCCACCCGUCUGCUUCUACAAUCACUUUUCUGUUUUGUUUUUGCAACUACUCCUCCGACAGCGGUGUGAUGCACACACAGUCAUUACCCUCACUCCCCCUCCCCUGUGGUUUUUAGUGGUUCAGUGACUUUUUGCAUUUCACAGUGUAAUCUCUCAGUGUCGUAUAUACAAACACAUACCAGUUGCAUCCCUUGUAGAAUCAAAGUGGUUUGCGAAAUGUCUUGUUUGCCAUGUUUGAAAACCAUAAUCGUUUUUUAGAGAAGUAUUUUAAUUUUGCCUCUUUUUUUUUUUUUUUUAGGAAAAGACGAAAGUAAAAAAAAAAAACAUCGGCAUGCUUUUUAUUGAGAAUAUGUAAACUAUAAACCUUAUUAUAAUAAAGAAUGUUUGGCUGACUAUUGUGACAAAAGAAAGCA